AUGGAACCAAUCGAUAAUUAUCUCUGCAGAUACAAGAACCACAUCUUUUUGAAGUCUGGGGUAACUGCAGAGUACAUUGAUUCACUCCAGACCUUUAAAAUUCUGGACAGUGACAUAUUUGUCGUUACUUAUCCAAAAUCAGGUACUAUAUGGAGUCAACAGAUCAUCAUCUCCAUCUGUGACUUAGCAGGAGGUCUGAAUGAAUACUCAAACAACUGGGAGCAGAUGCCGUGGCUGGAGUACACGGAGGGUCAUGAAGACUACUCUCUACGGCCGUCACCAAGACUCUUCACUUCUCACCUCAUCCCAGCCCUCAUGCCUCCAGGACUGAAGGACAAGAAGGCAAAGAUUGUGUAUGUGAUGAGAAACCCAAAGGACAUCGUCACAUCUUUCUACCACUUCUGUCAGAUAGCGGUUGACCUGGAGACCCCAACAAGCUUAGACACCUUUUUGAAGCAGUAUUUAGAUGGAAACGUUAUAACAGGAUCCUGGUUUGAUCACAUCAGACAGUGGCACGCAACUAAAGACGAGUACAACAUCCUCUUCUUGACCUAUGAGGAGAUGGUUUUGGAUCUGAGGGCAGUCAUAAGUAAAAUCUGUACUUUCCUCGAGAAAAACCUCAGCGCAGCAGCUAUUGACCAAGUUAUUGAAAAAUCAACAUUUGAGGGCAUGAAGAAUGACUCAAAAGCCAACUAUACGUUUGUGCCAGGAGAUCGACUGAAGGGAAGCUUCAUGCGGAAAGGUAAGAUUGGCGACUGGAAGAACACCUUCACUGUUGCCCAGAGUGAAAGGUUUGACCGCAUUCUUCAGGAACGACUUGGUGAUUUGCCUCUGAAGUUCAUCUGGGAUUCUGCAGAGGUUCCACAGCAACAUUAAACAGAGAGACAGUAUCCUCAAUGCCAAGAAAUUAAGAAGAAAGUGUUUCUUCUUUUAUUGUCACAGAGUAAAAGCUUUAAACUAUUUGUGUGUCACAAAGAACAUGAAUGAAUACCAAGUGUUGGGUAAGAAAACAGAAAUGAUCUCAAAUUGAACAAUCUUUGUCACGAAGAACAAAAAUUGUCUCUUGGUCAGUUUGGUGACUUCACUCUCUUAAAUUUUGACAUUAUGGGGAGAUAGAACAGUUUCCUAUCAGCUAAUCAAUAAUGAUAACACAGUCAAGAAACUAUUUCAGGAAUUGUUACCUGUAAAACAUAUUUUUAUGUUAGGCGUAUGUGUAUAUAUGUGACCAGGUGACAUAUCUUUAUGGCCACAGUGGAGUUCCAACACCAGAUUGCUUGUACUUGAG